UCGCUUACGUCCUCUACCCAAACAUCCAUCACGGGCUACAAUAUCAACGAAUAACAAGAUGUUAGACUGUAUUCUCUCUAAAGUACUCCCAAAGAGUGCUUAUAACUUCUAUACCCAAAGUUUCCCACCUGCAUCUAAAUGGUCCACUGAAGACAUUCCAGAUCUCACCGGGAAAACAGUGAUUGUCACUGGUGCCACGUCUGGUAUUGGUAAAGAUACAGCUAGAGCACUCAUGCAACAUAACGCUGACGUCUACAUCGGUGGAAGAUCCGAUGAUAAGCUCAACGCUGCCAUAGACGAACUCAAAGUCCAGACUGGAAAAACUGCCAAACCCUUUUUCGUCGACCUCUCUGAUUUUGAGUCUGUAAAGUCAGCCGCUGAAGAUUUUUUGAAGAAAGAAACCAAACUUGCUAUAUUAUUCAACAAUGCGGGUGUUAUGGUAGCUCCUAUUGAUAUGUUUGGUAAACAAGGCUACGAUAUUCAAUUCCAGACAAAUGUAAUGUCUCACUAUCUCCUCACACGCCUUCUUUUCCCUGCUCUAGACAAUUACAGCAAAACUGGUGAAACUGCUCGCGUAGUACACACCUCAUCACUCAUGCAAGCACUUACUAAGCACCCGCGUGGCAUUGAUUUCGAUGUGCUCAGAGACGGCGAAAAGAGACGUAGCAACAGGAAACUCGAUCCAUGGGAAUUGUACGGUUAUUCUAAGAUCGGUAAUACCGUUAUUUCUAAUAUACUCAACGAGGAGCAGCCAAAUGUCAGUCAUAGUAGCUGUCAUCCUGGUGGUCUCCAGACUGAGUUGCAACGUUACGUUGAUUUCCCUGCCUGGAAAACAGCUAUAUUUAAUUUGAUGCUUUACCCUAGCCAUCUUGGUGCACUCACUCAGCUUUAUUUAGGUACAGUCACAAAGGAUACCAAAGGAAUUUACGGUAUUCCAUGGGCGCGUGAAGGCAAAGCGGACAAGCGCACAGAUGAUCCAUCUCUUAUUAAAGACCUCCGCGAAUGGCUUCACGAGGAACUUAAAGCUUAUUUGCCAUGAUCUCAGCAACAUCGUUAGGCAACUUUUUAACGAUAUUAAUGAAGAUAAUCACGAUUAUUUUAUGUACUUACUAACAUACAUAUG